AUGAUAUUCAUAGAUCUGCCUGUCGAUGUCAAGACCCUCAUUGUCUCGCAUAUUAUCCGUCCCACCGAUCUCAAGUCACUCUGCCUCACCUCCAAGCAACUACACGCGAUCACCGUCCGACAACUAUAUCACUCGGUUACGCUUGAUGUUGGUGGGCCAAAUGAUGGCCAGCUCACCUCAUUGCUCAACGUCAAGAACAUCGGUCUCCCAUAUAUCCGUAAGCUCGACCUCUACCUGGCUGAUGUACCAGACACCUGCAAGUGCAAUCAGCUGCAGCAAGCAAACGUGGUCAUUCGCAUGAUCCUCGAGUUCCUGCCCGAGAAUAUCCUCGAGAAGUUCAGCUGGCACCCAUGGAGUCCCCUCAACGCCGACAAUCUCCUCUUGCUCUAUCGGAAGCAACGCCGGAUGAAAUGGAUGGAGGCGAUCGCUCUCGAUCGGGAUGUCCUCCCGCAGCUCGAGUCCGAUCCCUCGCUCAAGUUUGAUGAGCUCUUCGACAACGUCAAGAAACUCGGCCUCUACCCUGACUCUCGCGAUGUGCUGAAUAUGUCCCAUACGAUCCUGCGCCGCUCGAAGAAGGUCGAGAAGAUCACCCUGCACACCACCUUCGAGGAUAAUCAAGACAACCCGAUUCCUCUACGAGAGCUGAACGACAGCGCCACGGCGCCGGGCUUGAUCACGUCGACUUUGUUCCGCCAUAUGAUGCCGUUCGAAUCCUGUACUCCACUCCCCCUCCGCGACCUGACCCUUCAGAAAAUCGGCCUCCGGUAUGCGGCGUUGACGUAUUGCAAAGCCAUCGACUUCAAAAACCUGCGAGCCUUGCGCGUGUACACGUGUUCGGGCGCCGACACGCUGUUCGCGGAAAUGAGCCAGAGUUCGCGACUCCCGGAGCACCUCGAGUGCCUGGAAUUCAAGCACGAGGAUAAUGCCGAGAACGAUGCGCUGAACGCUGUGGACGGGUUCCUGUGCUUGGUCAGCGGACUGAAACAGCUCACGUUGGAUAUUUGCUAUGCGAAGCAGCUGCCGGCCGCCGCCGGGAUUGCGAGGCAUGGGAAAACGCUGAAGGACUUGAAUGUCCAUGCGUCGAAGGGCGAUGGGGACGAAGAGGAACUGGUGUAUGCGGUGAACGAAUUCGACAACAUCUGCCGAAAGGCAACGGGGUUGCAGCAGCUUAGCGUAGCCGCGCCAGCGACGAGCAUCACGAAGAUCGAGAGCAUAGAGUUUACAUCCUUCAUGAAUUCCGUGUCGCAGUUGCACGAGCUCGUCACGCUCCAUAUUACCACCUGGCCAACGAACAACCCUUCUGCGGCGCGGAUGCCCCGGAAGAUCUACGAACACCUUCUCCAGCUUCUCGCUCAAAACAUCUACGCUCGAUGUACUCCCUCGCACUCGAGCUCGACUACUUCGGUUCCCUCCCUCCCUCCAUUCAUCAACGGCGCCAGCACCACACCAACUACAUCCAACCUCCCUCCGCCACCCCCGCCACCUUCCGCCCCAUCCGACCCUCCACCAAGCACCGUCGCCAACGACUACCCCUACCGCAUCCGCAAAAACCAUCUCGUCCUGGUCGCAUUCGGCACGUCGGACCGGGUGUACGACCGCGAGGACUCGACGAACCAGGUCAUCUUCCUCCGGUCGCAGCAUACGGACCCGCUCGGCCACCAGUCCAUAGUUGCGACCCAGGUCGGUUGGUGCCUGCGCAACUACAUCGAGCCGAGGAGCGAUGUGCUGGAUUUCGGGCUGGCGAAGAGCUGUCGGCCGCCUGCAACGGAGGAGGAGGGGGAUGAUUGA